AUGAACUCGCUGAAUUUCUGCGGGACGUCCAGCGGUGCGGUGUACCCGCUGCACGGUGUGAGCUCUGCGCUGUUCGAUCUGCGCCACCAGAUGGCGGAACAGUACCAGGUUUAUUCUGCAGCGGGACACUCCAUGCACACCCUGUCUGUGGCGGAGAGGCUGGCAGAGCUCAUCUUAGAGGCUCGCUAUGGUAACCACCAGAAACAGCGCCGCAGCCGCACAGCGUUCACAGUGCCGCAGCUUCAGGCUCUGGAGAAGGCCUUCCAGCAGACCCAGUAUCCAGAUAUCAGCAUGAGAGAGAGGCUGGCAGUGUGCAUUAACCUGCCUGAGGCUCGCAUCCAGGUGUGGUUCAAGAAUAGGCGUGCAAAGUAUCGCAAAGGUCAGAGAUGCUCACCUCUAUCAAAAGAGAACAGUGUGGAAGAAGCUGCAUGUCACAGCAGGACCGGAAAGGAAGAUUUGCCUCUCGUGCUGUGGCCCUGCAACAUGGAGAGUGUCCACUGUCUCACUGAAGGCUGA